GAAUCCCUUCGCACAUUGUCUCCCCAAGUGCCGCAAGCAGGCUGCCUCUCCACGGUAGGGCUUUGCUAUCCUCACCUGAAGCGCCAACCCGACGCAAUGGUUUCCUCCAAAUUAAGAGGGAUAAUCGAGUCCCUGCCGCGCGUGCCGUCACUCAGUCGCGGAGACGCUUCACUUCCGGGUGCGACGCCUAUCCACCCGGGACUUCCUGGGACGAGCCCCCCAGCCCCCGGCCACGCCUCUGAGUAGCAUGCGCAAGCGCAGUUGAGCAGACCGCUUCCCUGGAGGGUGGAGUGUGUGCGCGCUAGCCUAGGUUGACCUACUUGCCCAGGCCUCUGUGCUCUCUGACAAGGGUCACAGGGUUUGGGACGCUUCUGCGCGAGGGACAAGGGGCUACGGACUAGGUACCGACUAACACCAUGGGCAGCAGCUGCCGCAUCGAAUGCAUAUUCUUCAGCGAGUUCCACCCCACGCUGGGACCCAAGAUCACUUAUCAGGUCCCUGAGGACUUCAUCUCCCGGGAGCUGUUUGAUACAGUCCAAGUGUACAUCAUCACCAAGCCAGAACUACAGAACAAGCUUAUCACUGUUACGGCCAUGGAAAAGAAGCUGAUCGGUUGCCCUGUGUGCAUAGAACACAAGAAGUACAGCCGCAAUGCCCUCCUCUUCAACCUGGGCUUCGUGUGUGAUGCCCAGGCCAAGACCUGUGCCCUCGAACCCAUUGUUAAAAAGCUGGCUGGCUACCUGACCACACUGGAGCUAGAGAGCAGCUUUGUGUCCACGGAGGAGAGCAAGCAGAAGUUGGUGCCCAUCAUGACCAUCUUACUGGAGGAGCUAAAUGCCUCUGGCCGAUGUACUCUGCCCAUUGAUGAAUCCAACACCAUCCACUUGAAAGUGAUUGAGCAGCGGCCAGACCCUCCUGUGGCCCAGGAGUAUGACGUGCCUGUCUUUACCAAGGACAAAGAGGAUUUCUUCAACUCACAGUGGGACCUCACCACACAACAGAUCCUUCCCUACAUUGAUGGUUUCCGACAUGUCCAAAAGAUCUCUGCUGAGGCAGAUGUGGAGCUCAAUCUGGUGCGCAUCGCCAUCCAGAACCUGCUGUACUAUGGUGUUGUGACACUGGUGUCCAUCCUCCAGUAUUCCAAUGUGUACUGCCCGACACCCAAGGUUCAGGACCUGGUAGAUGACAAGUCCCUGCAGGAGGCAUGUCUAUCCUACGUGACUAAGCAAGGGCACAAAAGGGCCAGUCUCCGGGAUGUAUUCCAGCUGUACUGCAGCCUGAGCCCUGGCACCACUGUGCGAGAUCUCAUUGGCCGCCACCCCCAACAGCUGCAGCACGUUGAUGAACGGAAGCUGAUCCAGUUCGGGCUUAUGAAGAAUCUCAUCCGACGACUACAGAAAUAUCCAGUGCGGGUGUCCCGGGAGGAGCGCAGCCACCCUGCCCGGCUUUACACAGGCUGCCACAGCUAUGAUGAGAUCUGCUGCAAGACAGGAAUGAGCUACCAUGAACUGGAUGAACGGCUGGAAAACGACCCCAACAUCAUCAUCUGUUGGAAGUGAGGCUGGCUACCUGGAGAGGGCAUAUUGCUGUGUCUGCUCCCUCCUGCUAAGAUCUGCCUGGUACAUGGGGCUAGACAAGUAGACUAGUCCAUAAUAACCUGGAAGUUGACCCUCAGUUCUGUAAAUAAAGUCAUUAAUUUCAACCU